CAGAGCGGCGCUCCCGGAUUGGGCAGGCGCGGGCGGCGCGCGGAGGGUCGGCGCGCGCGGGCCGGUGGCGGCCGAUCCGUGCGGAGCCAUGUGGAGCGGGCACGGGAACUUCGACGGCGGGUACGGCACCGUGGGCGGCGCGGGGCCCCCGGGCGGCUAUCUGCAGUCCCCAGGGGGGUUCGGGUCGCCCGCCGGCGCCCAGGCGGAGAAGAAGCAGCGGAGCCGCUCGCAGAACAUCGUGCCCUGCACGGUGUCGCAGCUGCUGGCGGCGGAGCAGGUCGACGAGACAUUCCGGAUCUGCGACGUGGAGAUCUCGCAGGUCACCGUCGUGGGCAUCGUCCGGCACGCGGAGAAGGCGCCCACCAACAUCCUCUACAAAGUGGAUGACAUGACAGCAGCGCCGAUGGACGUCAGGCAAUGGGUUGACACCGAUGAGGCAGGAGGUGAGAAUGUUGUGGUACCUCCAGGAACUUACGUCAAAGUAGCUGGUCACCUCCGUUCGUUCCAGAAUAAGAAGAGCUUGGUGGCAUUUAAGAUCAUGCCUCUGGAAAAUAUGAAUGAGUUCACCACACACAUUCUAGAGAUUGUCAAUGCACAUAUAAUCCUCAGAAAAAAUCUUAUGUCAGCGUCGAGUGCGCCGCCGUCGUUCCCCUCUGCUGGGAUCAGUGACAUGGGGGGCUAUGGAGGAGGUGGCAGCCUGCCAGUGAAUGGGCUCACGGCACACCAGAGCCAGGUACUGAACUUGAUAAAAAGCUGCCCUGUCCCAGAAGGUAUGAGCCUGCAAGAGCUGAAACUUCAGCUCCGCAGUAUGAGCAUGUCAACGAUCAAGCAAGUCGUGGAAUUCCUCAGCAGCGAGGGACACAUCUACUCCACGGUGGAUGAUGAUCACUAUAAGUCAACAGAUGCUGAGUGAAGUUCCCUCCAGCUACUUUUAGCUCCAAAAAAUGCUUGUCUAUGUUUCAAGAUACCCUGCCAAGCUCAGUGACGUGGAGGGUGAUCUUUGCUCUUUGUAGAAGGUCCCAGUUACUCUGUGAAUGCCUCCUCAUGGAAUUCCAGGACAAGCAGAACGUACAGGAUUCUGUUAACUGGACUUGAUUCUAUGCUGUGACCAUGUGACUGAAAGCCUAAGUAGACACGGGAAAAGUGAACUUCUCAAAGCUUCAGAACCUUCAUUUUGUUUUGGCUCCUUAAAAGAUGCCUGUUAGAAAGAGGAGCCUCUUUCUAAUCUUUGUUUCUAGAGCUGUUUCACCUAACUCAGCUUCCCUUCUAUUCGUUCACAAAGUGGGUAGCCAUUCCACUAUUGUACAGCAAUCAUGAAAAGAUUUUUUUAUUUUUUAGUUUGUGCAUUUAAAUCUAUAUUUGUACUAGAGGCGAUCUUGUUUCUAGAGCUUUUGAACAUUUCUAAUAAAACUGUAACUUGGGGA